CUUCGAUAUUAGAAACCCCCAACUCAACAAUACCAGUGAUGGCUCAGAGCAAUCAAUCAGAGCGUCUUGUCCGGAUCGCUGUUCUAGACUGCGAUUACACAGCACCCAAGGUCGCCGAGACUUGGGGUCCAACGUACGGCAAUAUCUUCGCCCAUCGCCUCAAGGCAGCUGCCGAGUCAGUGUGCUCGACAAAGCUGCUAGACUUUUCCUUUUACGACAUUCUCAAAAACGAAAUUCCCAACGCCGACGCCGAGUUCGAUGCAAUUAUCAUAACAGGCUCCGUUAAGGCAGUAUACGACCCGGAUGCCUGGAUACCCAAUUUCAAAUCCUUCAUCCAGGAGACGUAUCACCACCGUCCCCAGGUUCGGAUGUUUGGCGCUUGUUUUGGUCAUCAGAUUAUUUCAGAAGCACUACUCGAGCAAUUCGGUGUAAUAGUCGAAAAAGAUCCGAAUGGAUACGAAGUCGGCGUUCAGGCCAUCAGCCUGAACCCUGCGUUCACGGCGCAUUUCCGUCAUGUUUUGGAUUUAGACGUCGAGAAUAAGUUGCGAAUGCAAUUUGCUCACGGUGACCACGUCCGGCUGGAUUCUCCAUGGCCCGAGUCUUGGAUGUCAAUCGGCAGCACUUCUCACUGUCGAAUCCAGGGUGUCUUCCAGCCAGGACGGGUUCUAACUUUCCAAGGGCACUUCGAGUUUGAUCAAGAUAUUUCGACGAACUCGAUGAAGUAUUUCUACACCGCAGAGAGAGGGUUUACUACAGAAGAUCUGAAUUCCGCUUUUCGUCAAGUCCAACAGCCUGACGACGCGGACGAGGCGGCUAAGCUGUUAUUUGCAUUUCUGGCAGAAGUGUGA